AUGGCGCUCAUGAAUUCCCAAAAUCUUAAAUCAACUCAUCAGAAUAAAAUCGCGGCCGACAUACGCAAGCUGCAUGAGCUCCAGACUUUAGCCUUGCCGUCAACUCCACUGAGCCUGUCUAUUAACCCGAGAGCUCAACCCAUACCCCCGAUUGAUUCCAAAGAGCAGCCGGAUCCGGAAAAUUUGCUGAAAGACGGCGCGUACGGAUUGACCGUCAUCAGUGAUCCGGAAGAGGCCAUCAUGGAUAUAGUCCUUGUUCAUGGUCUGAUGGGAGAUGCGUAUCGAACAUGGCUUCAUGAAGGAAGAGGUGUUUAUUGGCCAAGAGACCUGCUGUGUUCUGAUUUCAAGGACGCUCGCAUCAUGGUUUUUGGGUACGAAGUGAACGUGUGGCAUCCCUGGAGCCAGGUCUCCCAAGGCCGGCUAUCCGGUUACGCUUCUCAUCUGCUCGGUAGUCUUUCAGGAUACCGAACAGGUCAUUUGAAGAGGCGACCUCUGGUUUUCAUUGCUCACAGUCUUGGCGGUUUGGUGGUGCAGCAGGCUUUAAUUACCUCACGGGAGAGCCGGAUAGACUACUUACGACAGAUCGAGACGCACACAAAUGGGAUCUGCUUUCUGGGGACACCUCAUUGCGGUACAAGUCUCGCUACAUGGGGAGAACGUGCUGCACGGGUUCUCAACGUCUUCAAGCCUGUCAACCAUCAGAUCGUCAGCCUGCUAGAUCCGCGAUCCGAAGCGCUGUAUGAGAUGCGACGGGCCUUUCAUAAUGUCCUGGAAAAGCGGAAGGAAGAAGGAUCCAGAAUCAAAGUUGUUUGCUUCUACGAGACGAAACCGCUAUUCCGGUCAUGCGUUGUCUCUGAGCAGUCUGCGACGAUUGAUGGAGAGCCCAGUUUUCCAAUAUUCUCCAACCAUAUGGGCAUGGCCAAAUUCUCCAAUCGCCGAGACGAUGGUUACAAAAGCAUUGUGCGAGAGAUCACUCAUAUGAUUUCCGAUAGCGAUCACGGACACCUAUGUCCUAGAUGCGGUAAGCCGAGUUGA